AGCUCCGCUGGCGUCACUUCCGCUCCUCUCCUGGUACGGCGGGGCAGCGCGCGGAGCAGGACAAUGCCUAAGUCAAAGGAACUCGUGUCUUCAAGCUCAUCUGCCAGUGAUUCAGAUAGUGAAGUUGACAAAAAGGCAAAGCGGAAAAAGCAAGCAGUUCCAGAAAAGCCUGUGAAGAAACAAAAGACGGGUGAGAGUUCAAAAGGUGCCGCUUCUUCUAAACAAAGCAGCAACAGAGAUGAGAAUAUGUUUCAGAUUGGCAAAAUGAGGUAUGUCAGUGUUCGUGACUUUAAAGGGAAAGUUUUAAUUGAUAUUAGAGAAUAUUGGAUGGAUCAAGAAGGUGAAAUGAAGCCUGGCAGAAAAGGUAUUUCUUUAAAUCCAGAGCAGUGGAACCAGCUGAAGGAACAGAUUUCUGAUAUUGAUGAUGCAGUAAGAAAAUUGUAAAGACAGAGCCAUACAGAAAUCUUUAUCACGUUAGUUGUUUCAAGCAGUCUUUUUACAUUGGCUUUUGUUUUCUAAAAUAUUGUUUUCCAAGCUAUUGUAUAUUUGGAUUGCGAAACAAUUUGUAAAAUGAAUAAUUUUUUUAUGUGCAUUAAACAUGUAUUCUGAGUGAAGCUAAUUGUGUAUACUUUACUGAAAGGAAAUGUGUUGCUUUCACCUCAUGGUGUAAAAUAAACAAGUCAAGUAAUAUGUAAAGCUCUUUGUGUUUGUUUGUGGCCUUUUGUUUAAAGAUGUUUGCUGACAAGGCCACCAACUAAUUGUAGGCUUUUUAAAUUUAGUUAAUAGUUACUGAUUUUGUUUUCUAAGGGGAUUUGAAAAAUGUCUGUUUAAAUUUCUUGUUUUGUUUCAUAUCCUUUGCUGUUUCCCUCAGCUUUCAGCUUUAAAACUUGAUACAAACAGUGAAUACCUGGUAAAACACACUUUUGUAGAUAAUUUUAAAUACUGUAUUUGCUAAUUUACCCUAUUUAUUCAGAUGUAAACAGUCCUGAGUAUGUAGACUUUCUUGCAUAUUUGCAUGAAGUGUUAUGCUGAACAGUAACACUGGAACACCAUCCACACAUCAUCUGUUCUAGUUUUUGUAUAGCUUGCUUGACUUAAGAAAUACAAUUAGACUUUAUUCAAGGUCUCUAGGUCUUAGAAUGCGAUGCAUAAACUUUUACAGUAAUAGACAUAUACCUCAGAGUAAGACAGUAUUUAAAAUGCUUCCAGACUUGGUUAUUAGUUUAGGUACCCUUUUCAAACUUUGCAUUAAAUUUAUUCUUGAACUCAUACUGAUUACUUACUCUAUAGAAAACAAGAUUUAAUAUGUCUUUGUAGACAUCUGGUUCUGUUUGUUUGAGAGUAUGGUGUAAACAACACUGCUUAAACCAGGCUGUAACACAGGUUAAACAGUCACACAGCCAAAAGAUCAGGUUAUCAUGCCCUUGCCCUGCCCUCACUGCCUGACCAGAUCAUUUGACUUGGCUUGCCUUGAGCAGCUUACAUGUGCACAACUUUUCUCUUUUUAGAGACAGUGCUUACAAUGGAGCACUGGUACAUAGUGAAUCCAUGACUCUAGCAGACUUCAAUCAUUCACCAGUGUACUAUUCUGAUAAGAGAAGCUUCUAUCCAGUGGGGAUUCUGUUGGACUAGGUGUUGCCUCAAAUUAAGGAGAUCUUUGUAGGUGUUGUGGUUACAGAAUGAAAAAGGGAGAAUAUGAUGUUUGUAUAAAACCUGAAGAGAUAAUGGGCGCUCCAGUAGAGAAAUUAACAUUGAAGAAUCAAAGCUGACAGAAAAACUACAGUGAAGAAGAACCUUUCCAUUAGCAGAAAUGGAAAAGAAUUCAUUGUUUGACUGCAGUUAACAGAAAGAAGGUGAACCAACUUCAUGAGAAUUGACAUUUCAAGAAUAUGUAAUGAAUGUACAAUUUUUUGCUUCCCAUGAUUUUUCCACUUGAUGGAAAACUUAGAAGUGUUUUUAAAUUUUAUAUAGGUGAACAAGAUUUGCUACUUAAUUCUGGAGUAACAAAAUGCAGUUGUUUAUACUGAAGACAUGCAUGGACAUCCUGUUCUGCUAAGUGCCAUAUGCAGACUGUUCUUGUGCUGCAGAAUUUAUAAUUCAAUACACAUGCUUUAUGAAGGGUGAGAGAAAGUGACUUAAUUAUAUUAAAUAUGUGUUGUUUAAUUUGAAUAUUAUGUAAGGUAUGUAAUUCUGCUUUAUAACUUACUGAAAUAUGAAUUUAGGAACUACAGUGAGGGUGAAUAAAAAGUGAAGAGGUGUCUUACUGUAGCUGCACUGUUUCUGGGCACAACUUUCUUCAACUGCUAAUGACAUGCAGGGACAUGUGGACCAAAAUAGACAAAAAUGAAAUACCUGUUAACAUCAGUGCAUGAAAUGAAUUGCGUUAGGUCUCUGAGAAGUUCUAGUUUUUUUUUUUUGUUUGUUUGUUUGUUUUUUUUAAUUUGCAGUAUGUAUUUGCAGGUUUUUUUUCCUUCAAAUACAGAAGUUCUCUGACCAGAUUGUAUCUUGUAACCUUAAAACCUUCGUAUGGGUACCUUGACAUGCAUGAUUAUCACAAUGGAAGGAACAUUGUCUUCAGUUAGAUUACUGUGGUAAUAAGUAGUUGGAUGGCAGUUGUAUAUCAGAGUAUGAGACAAUUAUGUUCAGGAAGGUGAAGAAUUAAAUUCAUUCAUUUGGAGAGAGUAAGUGAAAAAGUAUUGUGAUUAGUUCUCUUGUGGAAACUUGUGACGCAAAUGUUCAAAUAAAUUACUCCCAGUUCUUACAAGACAACACUUACUGUAUUUGUGGGGAUAUCUACCAGAGCUGCUUAGCCCAUUUUAUAGAUAAAAUUUGAGGCACUUUGAUUUUACUUGGCUUGUGUACUGAAAAAUAGCUUUCCAAUCUGCCAGUUAUAUUUCUGCCUGUAAUAUGGAUUAAAAUAUAUAUAUUUUACUUGAGCUGAUGUUAACAUCUGCAUGAUGUUCUACCAAAAAGGGUAGCUAAAUUAAAUAGUCAGUUUUUCAGAUGAAUUGUGAGGAAAUUCUUUCCACCUCAAAUGACUGAUGGCUAAUUAGUUGACUUGUAUUUUAAACACUCAGUGUUACUUUGAAAUUAAUAGUUGUGAUUUGUCAUGUGUUGUCUUCAGCUGUACUACUUCUUACUUGAAAACUCCAAUUUUUGGGUACGGAUUAUUUUCUUGCAGAUGAAAUAGUACUUAGGGUACAAGUAGAAGAAAAUUGUGCAUGUAUGAAAAGGCUAAUGUGAGGUAAAAAUAAACACUACUCCUUUUCCCACUGAAGUUGUUAAAGAAAGAUGCAUUUGUUACAUGAUACUGAUGCAGGGCAUAUUAGCAUAUUAGCAAUGUGUUUUAUGAAUUUAAUUACAAUUAAUCAGAGGAGGAAAAAUACAUCAGUUAGACCAGCCAAAGUACCAUGCAUUUGCUAAAUCAAACUGUCAUGUAUGAUGUUGCUCUUAUGUAGAAAUAUUCAUAUUGAAAUUUAAAAAUGCAGCACUAAGUUUGAUAUUUCUGUUACAGGAAAUGCCCCAGUUAUGUGAUUCUUAUGUGAUCUGUUGGAAAAAAAAAAUGGGAACUGUAAUUCUGGUGACUUAAAUGUCAUAUUGUUAACCAUGUAGAAUGUGUUAUGUUUUGUUCUGUGAUCUCUACUGCAGAGAGACCACUGGAAAUACGAGCCCUCCAAUUGUAAUUUUAAUGUUCAAAUAAAAAAGUUGAAUGGCAAAUGUGUAAUACAAAUUUGAACACCUGGAAAUAAAUGAAGACUUCUGUUGAA